GAGCCCCGGGCGGGCGGCGGCAGCUGAGGCGGGCCUGGCUGAGACACGGCUUCCGGGCCCCGCUUCCCUAGCCUCGGAGGGGUUCAGACCUGCUUCUGCGUGUAGCGCAGCGCCUCCUCUCCGCCACGCCAUCUCCCACAGAUGCUCACGGGCAGCAGGUCCCAGCAGCCCUACCACUGCCCAGUGACCACUUAUGUCCUCUUGAAAGCCCUCGGCACGCACCCUGGGCCGGGCUUCUGACCCAAGAUGGAUUUGCCUGGGAACCUAACGACCAACCUCAGCCUGGGCACAGAAGACCCGCGCCCCCGCCCGGCCCGCCUCUCGGUGCUCGGCGCGUUUGUGCUGACCUUGCUCGGCUGUCUGGUGGCAGCGACCUUCGCCUGGAACGCGCUGGUACUGGCGACAAUUGCGCAUGUGCGCACCUUCCACCGCGCUCCGUACAACCUGGUGGUGUCCAUGGCCGUCUCGGACGUGCUGGUGGCCACGCUGGUCAUGCCGCUGAGCCUGGCACACGAGCUGGCCGGGCAUCGCUGGCGCCUGGGCGCGCGGCUGUGCCAGCUGUGGAUCACGUGCGAUGUUCUCUGCUGCACAGCUAGUAUCUGGAGUGUGAUGGCCAUCGCGCUGGACCGCUAUUGGUCCAUCACGCGCCACCUGGCGUACACGCGGGGCACACGUCGGCGCGUCUCCAACCUCAUGAUCGCGCUGACGUGGGCGCUGUCCGCGGCCAUCUCGCUGGCGCCGCUGCUCUUCGGCUGGGGGGAGAUCUACUCGGAGCGCCGGGAGGCCUGCCAGGUGAGCCGCGCGCCCGCCUACACCGUGGUCUCCACGCUGAGCGCCUUCUACCUGCCGCUGGGCGUGGUGCUGUUCGUGUACUGCAGGAUCUACAGGGCGGCUCGGCUGCGGCUGGGCUUCCGGGGCGGCAACAGCGUGCAUCCUGCGCCGAAGACUGUGCAGAGGGUCCCUGCUCAGGAGCCCCAGACGCUGUUCUCCGCCCGCCACGGCACCGUCACCUUCCAGGCAGAGGGGGACACGUGGAGGGCGCAGAAGGAGCAGAGAGCCGCCGUGAUGGUGGGCACUCUCAUCGGGGUGUUUGCCAUCUGCUGGAUCCCCUUCUUCACCACGGAGCUCGUCAGCCCCCUCUGCGCCUGCGACCCCCCUGCCCUCUGGAAGAGCAUCUUCCUUUGGCUCGGCUACUCCAACUCCUUCUUCAACCCCCUGAUCUACACGGCCUUCAACAAGAGCUACAGCAACGCCGUCAGGAGCUGCUUCUGUCGGCAGCGCUGAGUCCCAGGACCUGGGAUUAAAAAGGGCUAAUUCCAGAACUCAGCGAAAUCUUCAGUGUGGCCUGCGUCCCCAUCCCCGGCCGGCAGCACACAGCCUAGAGCAUCCCCUCUGUUCUCCCAUGGCCUUCAAAGCCCCCUUCUCCAUCCCAGCCAGGAAGGCGGCCGCCUGGCCGAUGCGGUGACCUCUUUAUCUCAUAGAUCUACGCUUUCUCAUCCUGCACCUAAUAGCUACUUUGCCCACUAAGUGCCCUUUCCUCUCCCAAAUCCAGCAUGGCCGUCAUCCUCAUGCCUGAGAAGUCAAACAUGGCAUAUGCAAGGGAGGAAAUAAAAUAAUAUGGGCAGGUUGAGAAGGAAUUUGAAAAAUGAGUAAGAAGUUAUAAUGGGGACCUGGGUGGGGGGGCAGGGUAGGAAACCAUCAUUCCAAGUAUGAAAUGGUCCCUAUUUCAAAUUUUUCUUUCCAUGGUCCUGAUGGUGCACCCUAAUAUUUAUUGUGUGUCCCAAUAUUUGACUGCGAAAUACUGCCUCUAACCAUA